UGAACGCAUCACUUCGCAGGCAGAUGUCAUCCACGCCGCCGCGCGCAGCAGAGCCGAGCUGAAGGCGAACCAUCCACACCAGAACCCGACCGCACCGACUAGACACCCACCAGCUGGACCACACCAUCUCCGCGCGUCAUGGAUCAGAAACAGACCAUCAACUUUGGCGCAGGACCCGCGAAACUGCCGCAAACCGUGCUGUUUCAGGCUCAGAAGGAAAUGCUCGACUACAACGGCUCCGGCAUCAGCGUUCUCGAGAUGAGCCACCGAUCAUCAGACUUCAGCAAAAUCAUCAACAAAACAGAGAACCUCCUGCGAGACUUGUUAAACAUCCCAGACAACUACAAAGUCAUGUUCCUGCAGGGCGGCGGCUCCGGACAGUUCAGCGCCGUUCCCCUCAACCUGAUCGGCCUCAAGGGGGACCGGUGCGCCGAUUACGUGGUGACCGGAACGUGGUCUUCGAAAGCGGCCAAAGAGGCGGAGAAAUACGGCAAAGUCAACGUGGUCCACCCGAAGCUGGAUAGUUACACGAAAAUCCCCGACCCCAGCAGCUGGACCCUGAACCCCUCGGCCUCCUACGUGUACUACUGCUGUAACGAGACCGUCCACGGCGUGGAAUACAACUUCAUCCCCGAAACGAACGGGCCGGUCCUCGUCAGCGACAUGUCCUCCAACUUCCUGUCCCGACCCGUGGACGUGUCGAAGUUCGGUCUCAUCUUCGCGGGCGCUCAGAAGAACGUGGGUUGUGCCGGCGUGACCGUGGUCAUCGUGAGGGAGGACUUGCUGGGCCACGCUCUGAAGGAGUGUCCCAUCGUCCUGGACUACAAGGUGCAGGCGGAGAUGAACUCCCUCUACAACACGCCGCCGUGCUUCAGCAUCUACAUCAUGGGUCUGGUUCUGGACUGGAUCAAGAAUAACGGCGGCACCGCUGCCAUGGAGACGCUCAACAAGCAGAAGUCCUCCAUGAUUUACGACAUCAUCAACGCCUCCAAUGGUUUCUAUGCGUGUCCCGUAGAGACGGCUUGUCGAAGCCGCAUGAACGUACCGUUUCGUGUGGGGAAGAAAGACGGAGACGAAGCUUUGGAAAAGGCGUUUCUGGACGGAGCAGCCAAACGGGGGAUGAUAUCGCUGAAAGGACACAGGUCAGUGGGAGGAAUCCGUGCCUCGCUGUACAACGCCGUGACGCUGGAGGACGUCGACGCCCUCGCUGGCUACAUGAAAGAGUUCCUCAAAGAGCACCAGUAGAAGCGGCUGCUGGCCUGAUGUCACGCGGUGCCGUUUCAUUACUGUAGUUUUAAAAACCCUCCUGUUGCCUCGUCGUCCACGUCGGAGGGGGAAGGUGCACUUUCAGACACCUGUUUUGUAACUGACCUGUAGUUCCUACAAAAGCCUAAACUGCUGUUUCAAGUAAAUGAUAUCAGUGUACCAUAGAAUUCCUAUUUAAUGUGCCGACUAACCGUGCUUUGAUGUACAUACGCUGUAGGUGAUUCCUGUGUCUUUACAUUCCAGUAAAUCUUACUUACAAAACCAUA